CUGUUGGAAAAGCAAAAAAAAAAAACCAAACAAACAAACUCAGCACCAGGCAGAAAUGGUGACAUUAAUGUCACACAACAUGGACUGUUGACUAAACGAGGGUAAGUAAUUCCAGCAGAAGCGAUCAGCAUCUUCAGGACUCAGCUGUGUGUCCACGAGCUGUCUGUGUAUACACUGAUAUUCAAACAUGGAGACCCCUGACCUGGACACAGAUGAUGUGACUCCACCCUCAAAAAAACAUAAACACCAGAGAAAGAGAUCAGACUCACCGGAACCCAGCUGUGUCUCCAUGAAGAGUGAUGCGUCUAUGCAUUCUCCUCUGUACUUUAAAAAUGGAAACCCCUCGUCUGGACACAGUAAACUACAGAGAAAGAGAUCAGACUCACCGGAACGCAGCUGUGUCUCCAUGAAGAGUGACGCGUCUAUGGAUUCUCCUAAGAACUUUAGAGAUAGAGACUCCUCAUCUGCACACAGUGUUCUACAGAAGUCAGGAGACAGAAGAGAAAAGAACAUCACAGCUACAGGACACGACCCAGAACCUGCUGCUGUAAAUGAAUUCCAGAAAAUGUUCAAAUUAAAUCUGAUGAAGAAAUUUCAGUGUUUAAACGGAGUGAUGAUAAACCUGGAAAACCGAACACUAGUGAAUGAGAUCUACACAGAGCUGUACAUCACAGAGGGAGACAGUGGAGACGUCAAUAAAGAACAUGAGGUGAGACAGAUCGAGGCAGUAUCCAGAAGAACAACAACAGAGGAAACACCAAUCAAAUGCAAUGACAUCUUUAAGGCGUUACCUGAUCAAGAUGAACCCAUCAGAACUGUGCUGACAAAGGGAGUCUCUGGCAUUGGAAAAACAGUUUCUGUGCAGAAGUUCAUUCUGGACUGGGCUGAAGGGAAAGCAAAUCAGGAUGUCCACCUCAUUUUUCCACUUCCUUUCAGAGAGCUGAAUUUGAUGAAGGACCAGAAACUGAGUCUGAUGGAUCUCCUUCGUGUCUGUUUUAAGGAGACAAAAGAAACAGAAAUGUUCAGUUUGGAAAAGGUUCUGUUCAUUUUUGAUGGAUUGGAUGAGUAUCGUUUUCCUCUGGAUUUCCAGAACACAGAGAGAGUGUGUGAUGUAACUGAAUCAGCAUCAGUGCUUGUGCUGCUGAUAAACCUGAUCAAAGGGAAUCUGCUUCCCUCUGCUCUCAUCUGGAUCACCUCCCGACCAGCAGCAGCUGAUCAAAUCCCCUCUGAGUGUGUCCAUCGAGUCACAGAGGUACGAGGGUUCAAUGACCCACAGAAGGAGGAGUACUUCAGGAAGAGGAUCAGUGAUCAGAGCCUGGCCAAUAACAUCAUCACACACCUGAAGUCAUUAAGAAGCCUCUACAUCAUGUGCCACAUCCCAGUCUUCUGCUGGAUUUCAACCACUGUUCUAGAGAGAAUGUUGGAUGAAGCAGAGAAUGGAGAGAUCCCCAAGACUCUGACUCAAAUGUACACACAUUUCCUCAUCAUUCAGACAAACAUCAUAAGAGAAAAGUACUCAAAGAAGCAGGAGAGUGGUGAAGAAAUGCUUCUCAAACUGGGACGACUGGCUUUUCAGCAGCUGAAGAAAGGCAACCUGAUCUUCUACGAGGAAGACCUGAGAGGGUGUGGCAUUGAUGUGAGAGAAGCAGCCGUGUACUCAGGUGUGUGUACACAGAUCUUCAGAGAAGAGUUUGGACUUCACCAGAGUAAAGUGUACUGCUUUGUUCAUCUGAGCAUUCAGGAGCAUCUCGCAGCUCUGUAUGUGCACCUGACAUUCAUGAUGAAAAAGAGAAAUGUUCUUAAACAGUCCUCUGACCAGUUGACUGAAGAAAUUACAAUCUCAGCUGUCCACAAGAGUGCUGUAAAUCAGGCCUUAAAGAUUCAGACUGGACAUCUGGAUCUUUUCCUCCGCUUUCUUCUGGGUCUCUCACUGGAGUCCAUUCAGAAACUCUUACAUGCCUUAGUAACACAUACAGGAAGUAGCUCCCAGACAGAACAGAGGAACACAGCACAGUACAUUAAGAUGAAGAUUAAUGAAGAUCUUCCUACAGAGAAAUCCAUCAAUCUGUUCCACUGUCUGAAUGAACUGGGGGACAAUUCUCUAGUGGAAGAAAUCCAACGCUACCUGAAAUCUGGAACACAAAGUGAACUCUCUUCUUCACAGUGGUCUGCUCUGGUGUUUGUCUUACUGACAUCAGCAGAGGAACUGGAGGAAUUUGACCAGAGUAAAUAUAUCUCUACAGAUAAAAUAAGAGAGGAGAUUCUUGUGAAGGUGAUGCCUGUGAUUGCAGCAUCCAGAAAAGCAAUUAUCAGGUGUGGUACAAUUCAAGAACGUGGUUGGUCAGCUCUGGCCUCAGUGCUCAGCUCAGAAACCUCCAAUCUGAGAGAACUGCAUCUGACUGUGGAUACACUGGAUCUGACUGGGAGUAAUCUAGGAGACUCAGGAGUGAAGCGUCUCUCUGCUUUACUGGAGAAUCCUCAGUGUAAAGUAAAAAAUCUGAAGUUGCAGUGUUGUCGUGUCUCAGAUGAAGGCUGUACUGCUCUGGCGUCAGCUCUGAGAUCAAACCCCUCACACCUGAGAGAACUGUAUCUGUCUGGGAAUAAUCUAGGAGACUCAGGAGUGAAGUGUCUCUCUGCUGUACUGGAGAAUCCUCACUGUAAACUGGAGAUACUGAAGUUGGAGUGUCGUGGUGUCUCAGAUGAAGGCUGUGCUGCUCUGACUUCAGCUCUGAGAUCAAACCCCUCACACCUGAGAGAACUGGAUCUGUCUGGGAAUAAACUAGGAGACUCAGGAGUGAAGUGUCUCUCUGCUGGACUGGAGAAUCCUCACUGUAAACUGGAGAUACUGAAGUUGUAUGAUUGUGAUAUCUCAGAUGAAGGCUGUGCUGCUCUGACUUCAGCUCUGAGAUCAAACCCCUCACACCUGAGAGAACUGGAGCUGUCUAGGAAUAAACUCGGAGACUCAGGAAUGAAGUGUCUCUCUGCUGUACUGGAGAAUCCUCACUGUAAACUGGAGAUACUGAGGUUGUGGGAUUGUGAUAUCUCAGGUGAAGGCUGUGCUGCUCUGGCUUCUGCUCUGAGAUCAAACCCCUCACACCUGAGAGAACUGGAUCUGUCUUGGAAUAAUCUAGGAGACUCAGGAGUGAAGUGUCUCUCUGCUGUACUGGAGAAUCCUCACUGUAAACUGGAGAUACUGAAGCUGUGGAAUUGUGAUAUCUCAGAUGAAGGUUGUGCUGCUCUGGCUUCAGCUCUGAGAUCAAACCCCUCACACCUCAGAGAACUAGUGCUGUAUGAGAAUAAAUUAGGAGACUCAGGAGUGAAGUGUCUCUCUGCUCUGAAGAAUGAUGAACAUUACCAACUACAGACACUGAGGUUUUAAUAGACUACACACACUGCACUGAGAAGAACGACCUGUGAUCCCUGGACAAAAUUUCCUCAAUCCCAAUGAAAACCUGAGGGAUUAUUUGGAACAGCAGGUGAAAAACCACACGAACGAAGCGAAACGAAGUGAAGCGCUGUGAAUACUUUCCGGAUGCGCUGUAACUGGAGACAAUAUUUUAGUACUCCACGUAGAUCAUAAACCAGUGAAUUGUGUUGACCUAUAUAGCUUCAGUCAAUCAAUACAUUCAAAAUCAGUACUCAUGUUUUACAUCUAGUGGCUAAUUAGCAGUGGCUAAUUUUCCUUUUGGCAGAGUAUUCUAGAAAAGGGUGUCUGUUGUGAUUUGGAUCAUUGGGUCAUGUGGCGUUAUAAUCAUCUAAAAUGCCUUUGUACACUUCUGAGUUCAUGAUACCAACAAUAAACACAAGUUCACCAACACCACUGUAGAAAAAACAACCCCAGGCAGUUCAGUGCUUUAUCGUACCCUCAGUGUAGUUUGGCUGGGAUUCUUCUCCUGGCUUUCUCUACACAAACACUGGACUAUCAGAUCCAUGCAAGUGCAGUUUGGAUUCAUCUGAGAAUAAGACAGUUCUCCACAAGCUAUGCACUUUCUGUUGGACAUUGCACUGUUUUAUUAUUCUUGAGAAUGAUGAAUGAUUUCUGCCACAUUACUCUUCCCCUGUGCCCAUGUUCUGACGAUAAACCCCUCCAAAUUCUCUCACUACUAAAAUUCAGCACAUAAACAUACUAAAACUGUUGUUACUUUGUGCAGCGUGAUGUAUAAUAGGAUAUGCAAGUGAAAUGUUACUCCCCCCUGUGCAGCAUGGCAGUUUAAGUAGCCCAGGUCGGAGCACCAGCUGUUGCAGUUGUAGCUAUUAAAGAAGCUAUCAUAUGAUCUCUGUAAGUGCCGUCAUGAGUAUUAUGUCACCGUGUCAAUUAAGGUACAUUUUUUUAUAUAUAUAUAUAUA